GGAUGUGGUGCAGUCAGUGAAAGUGAUUGCAAUGAAAACCAGUCGUUUCGCAGCUCUGAUCGUCGGACUGGCCCUGGCGCGGGCGACUCCCGAGGCGGGACAGCUCGUCAGACCGAAACCGUCCGAACGUACGGAAUCGAAAUGUUCUCAAGACCUGUGGGACUCUAUUGCAGAGAUGGAGCGCUACAAUAAUUGGACCGUGCAAGACUUGACGAGAGCAUCUGGUUUCACCGUGGCGAUAACCCAGUGGAAUUCUGUCGUCAGCUCACAGUGCCUCCAAACCGUAUUCGAAAUCUCGGAUAACCUCCUCGCCGUGUCGCACGUACAUCCUACGCAACCCUUGAAAACCUCUUAUUAUAAUAUCGCAGACGGGACUAACGCCACUGAAACGACGACCACCAGGCCGAUCGAAGAUGCCCCGAAGAUGAUGAUCGCAGGCGCGUCGCGCAACUUCGCCGUUUACGUGAUGUGCAACGAGCAGAGCUCGAAUUUGAAUCUCUACGUUACGUACGGCUCCGCAAUCACGAACGAUGAGAAGAAAACAAUCAACACGUGGAUCAAGGCUUCGAGCUUCCCGAUCAUCGGACGCUGGGGUGCCGUCAAUUUCGACACGUGUUUCCUGACAAAAACUUACGUCUGUAACGGAGGGAGGACACAAUUCUGUUCUGGAAUCAACAGGAAAUCGAAGCAGGGUAGCAGCGAAGAGCGUGACGAUACCAUGGAAAUCAUCGACUUGUUCGGAUGAUGGCCCACCGCCAAUGGUGCUUCACAUUCCUGGUCAGAGAAUCCUUUCUUGAGGAACGCUCUCGCGACGGCUUCUCAACAGCGGAUCGGGCUCUGACUCUUGAGAUAAAUGGAUCUCUUCUUCAAUUGUGGACGGUGUCAGAAAACGCAAAUAAAGUGUAACUGGAGCCGUCGACGGUACCAUCCAAGCGUA